AAAAGCUAAACAAGACUCACCUUGACAGUUUAGGAGACUAAACGAAAGUAAAAGGAAGGACGCCAUUUCGAGGGUUUAAACCUUUUAAGUCGAUGUAUAAACAGCCCGCAUGUUUCGUGCAAACGUUUGAAGGUAAAUUGCCAUCGAGUUUGAAGAUAUUUCAUUGAAGGGACACUUUUAAAUGCACAUAAUUUGUCUGCAGUCACACUCAUUUUGAGACACAGAAAGUAGGAGGGCAGCACGUCCAAAAUGAGUUUCCAUGAGGAAAGAGUUGAUGAAGACAUUAUGCCUGAAGCGAGUUCUUCAAGUGAUGAAUCCAUACACAAUUUUCCCCCUAAAAUCAGUGAUGCAACAGCGACCUUUGACCCCUGCAGGAGGAAGAGAUUGAGAUCAGAAUCUCUAGAACCCAGCGGUGUGUUUGUGAAGAGUAACAGAUCCAUGAAGAUUCAACCCCCUGCAUUCAGUGAUGAACCAGUGACCUCUUACCCUUUCAGGGGGGAGAUGCAUGAGCUGAUCAGAUCUGUGUCGUCCUCUGCAUCCCACUAUCAGACCCACAUUAGGCGCGACACAGUCCUGCAGAAACACACAACGGACACUGUAGAUCUGCAGAGAGUCAAAGACCAGCACAAAACCAGCACGAAGAACAAGUAUGAGAGAUUAUUUGAGGGAAUCAAACUCCAAGAGAAUGAAACCCUCCUGAACAAGAUCUACACAAAGCUCUACAUCAUAGAGGGAGAGAGUGAAGGAGUGAAUGAAGAACAUGAGGUUUUACAGAUGGAGAAAACAGCCAGAACAAAACACUCACAAGACACUCCAAUCUACAGCAAUGACAUCUUUAAAGCUUCACCUGAACCAGGAUGUGAGGAGAAAGACCAGAUCAAGACUGUUCUUACUAAAGGCAUCGCUGGAAUUGGAAAAACUGUCUCUGUGCAGAAGUUCAUUCUGGACUGGGCCGAGGGAAAAGCCAAUCAGGAUGUAGAUUUCAUGUUUGUGCUUCCAUUUCGAGAGCUGAACUUGAUCCAAGAUUACCAGUACAGUCUUCAGAGACUUCUUCUGGCCUUUCAUCCUGAACUUCAAGAUCUGGACUCAAAGAUUUAUGAGGAGUGUAAAGUUGUGUUCAUCUUUGAUGGUCUGGAUGAAAGCAGAAUCACACUGAUGUUUUCAGAUGAUCAGAAAGUUUGUGAUGUGACUGAGACUUCAUCAGUGGGUGUGUUGAUGUCAAAGCUCAUGAAAGGAGAGCUGCUUCCCUCUGCUCUCAUCUGGAUCACCUCCAGACCAGCAGCAGCCAAUCAGAUCCCCUCCAAAUACAUCAACCGUCUGACAGAAAUUCAGGGAUUCACUGAGCCUCAGAAGGAGGAAUAUUUCAGGAAGAGAAUCAGUGACCAGCAUCAAGCCAGCAGAAUCAUCUCACACAUCAGAAGAGCAAGAAGCCUCCACAUCAUGUGCCACAUCCCCGUCUUCUGCUGGAUCUCAUCCACUGUGCUUCAGAAGCUCCUGGAAGAAGAUCUGAGUGCAGAAAUCCCUCAAACUCUCACUGAAAUGUACAUCCACUUCCUGCUGAUUCAGAUCGACAUGAGGAACCAGAAGUAUGAAGAGAGAGAUCCAGAGAAACUCCUGCAGACCAACAGAGAAGUGAUUGUGAAACUUGCUGAAGUGGCUUUCAAACAGCUGAUGAAGGGCAAUGUGAUGUUCUAUGAGGAGGACCUGAUUGAGAGCGGCAUAGACAUCACUGACGCUUCAUUGUAUUCUGGGAUUUGCACUGAGAUCUUUAAGGAGGAAACUGUGAUUCAUCAGAGGAAAGUCUACAGCUUCAUUCAUCUGAGCACUCAGGAGUUUCUAGCUGCUUUCUAUGUGUUUUACUUUCACAUAAGCAGCAAUUCCAACGCAUUAUUAGAUUCACUGCAAAAUUUGCAUAAAAGAGCAGUAGAUAAAGCUCUUGAGAGUGAGAAUGGACAGCUGGAUCUGUUCCUGCGGUUCCUGCUGGGCAUCUCACUGGAUUCCAAUCAGAGACUCUUACAGGAUCUACUGACACACACAGAGAACAGUUCAGAGACCAUCAGGAGAACUACACAGUACAUUAAAGAGAAGAUCAAAGAUGGACAUGGACUCGCCACUGAAAGAUCCAUCAAUCUGUUCCUCUGUCUGCUGGAAGUGAAAGAUCAGACUCUGUCCAGAGAGAUUCAGGAGUUUGUGAAAUCAGACAAACACUCAGAGAAGAAACUAUCUCCUGCUCACUGCUCAUCAAUUGCCUACAUGCUUCAGAUGUCAGAGGAGGUGCUGGAUGAGCUGGACCUCAAGAAAUACAACACAUCAGAUGAGGGGAGAAGAAGACUGAUACCAGCUGUGAUCAACUGCAGAAAAGCUCUUUUAGCUGGCUGUAAUCUCUCAGAUCAGCACUGUGGAACUGUGUCAUCAGUUCUGCAAUCCUCAAUCUCUGUCCUGAAAGAGCUGGAUCUGAGUAACAAUGACCUGCAGGAUUCAGGAGUAAAGCUGCUCUCUGAUGGAUUGAAGAGCCCAAACUGUCAGCUGGAGAUACUGAGGUUGUCUGGCUGUAUGGUGACAGAGGAAGGCUGUGGUUAUUUGUCUUCAGCUCUGAGUUCAAACCCCUCACACCUGAGAGAGCUGGAUCUGAGCUACAAUCACCCAGGACAAUCAGGAGUCCAGCUGCUCAAACACAAACUGGAGGAUCUAAACUACAAACUGCAGAUACUCAAUGUGGAUAAUGGAGAACAUUUAAGAAUCACACCAGGGCUGAGAAAAUAUGCCUGUAAUCUCACACUGGAUCCAAACACCAUAAACACUCAACUCGUGUUGUCUGAUGAGAAGAGGAAGAUCAUACAUGUGACAGAGCCGCAGUUGUAUCCUGAUCAUCCAGAGAGAUUUGAUGCUUGUGAGCAGGUUCUGUGUGUUGAGAGUCUCACUGGACGCUGUUACUGGGAGGCUGAAUGGAGUGGGAAGGGUGCUGAAAUAGUAGUGUCAUAUAAAGGCAUCAGGAGGAAAGGAGUGAGUGAUUGCUGGUUUGGAUACAAUGACAAAUCCUGGAGUCUGUACUGUUGUGCUAAUGAAUUCACUAUCUGGCACAAUAAUGUAAGCAAUAAUAUACCCUUCCCUUUAUCCUCUACCAGAGUAGGAGUGUAUCUGGACGUGUUGGCUGGCACUCUGUCCUUCUACAGUGUCUCUGACACACACACACUCACACACUUACACACAUUCAACACCACAUUCACUGAACCCCUCUAUGCUGGAUAUGCAGUUUAUGCUGAUUCUUCAGUGUCUCUAGUGUCAGAUUAAACAACUUGCUGUGAGACACAACUGAGACAUCACAAACAAGAGUCACUUUUCCAAGCAGAAACAUUUUUUCCUCUCUUUUUAAAAACGAAAUAGCUAACACAGUGUAAAUAACAUCUAAUUGCAUCUAAUAAUAGUAGCUGCCAUUUUUUAAAUGGCUUACACUUCUCUAAAUCUAACCAACAGAACAAUAAAACACUGUUGAAGGAUUUAAGCUGUUCUUUUCAAACAAAUAUUAAGUCUAGAUGUAAUGUUAAAUUAAAAUUUAACUUAUGGUUAAUAUAGUAAUAUGGCAAUAGUGUAGUAUACAAGAAAAUGUCAUUUAAAUUAAAUCAGUUUAAGUAAAAACAAAAUAAAAAAAUAAAAUUAAUAAUAAUAAUUUAUAAUUACAUUUAUUGUACUGUGUGUGUAUAUUUAGAAUGUGUUUUAUUAUGAAUAUGUUAACCAUUGUUUUUCAUGCACUGGUAAAUUUUGAGAUUUUGGGAUACUUUCCCAGAUAGCAAGAGAGCAGGUGAAAACCAUUGAAUCAAUGUUAAAAAUUGUUGAUUUGUCAAUGUUAAGGGCAUUGAAUUAAUAUCACUUUUUCACCGCAAUUAUUGUUGAAAUUUCAACAAACCACCAUUAUUGUGAUCAGUGUUUGCUUUAGUUGGGCUCUUGACUCUUGCUUUUCAGUAGUAGUAGUACCUUUAUUCAUCCCCUUGGGGAAAUUUAGUUUUCAGUGACUUGUUUCCAUAUGCGGUUUCUCACAAAAGACAAAUACAACAGAUUUCACAUUAAGACAAAAACAAAUCCUCAACACUUAGUCAAAAAAAAAAAAACAGUCUCUUCUUACUCAUCUUUCAUUUAAAAACUUCACUGCCUGUGAUAUAAAAUGCUUUUCACCCCUAUAUACCCUGGUAUCCUAAAUCUUCUACCUGAAGGCAAAAGCUCAAACUCAUUAUGCAGUGGAUACCUAUUGUCAGAUAUAAUUUUCAUAGCUUUACCAAGACAUCUAGUCUGAUAAAUUUGAUGUAAACCCAUCGCAGGGAUACCAAGUAUUUUACUCGCAGUACUUAAAGUUUUUCUGAACAAACUCUUUUGUUUCACCGUAACAUUCCCGAACCAGCAGAUAAUACAAAAGGUCAAUACACUUUCAAUAAAAGAGUUAUAAAACACCUUUAACAAUGAAGGGCUUACGCUAAAUGACACCAUCUUCCUGUGGAAAUAUAAUCUUUGCUGACCUUUUUUGCUCACAGCGUCAGUCCAUUUAUCCCACCUCAAUUUGUGAUCUAAAACAACUCCAAGGUAUUUCAACCCGUUCUCACUCCCAAAUGGUCACAUAUUGAAGCUUGGUCAGGACCACUUAGCGUUUCAUUUUUCGACUUGCAGGGUCCUCCGUUGCUUUAAGUAGGAAACCCUUAGCGUCAAUAUGCCGACGCCAUACUGGGAAUUUUAUCGUCAUAAUUAAAUUAUAUAUUGGGUAUUAUUGCAUAUAUGUUGGGGUGUGAUUUUUCAAUGUAAACAGCCACAACAGUUUUAUUUAUAUUACAUUAUUUACACAUUUAUGAGCACAUAACCCAACCUCUGCCCCUAAACCUACCAUUUGUCAAUAAAACACAAGAUAUAACAGGCAGAUACAACUACCGUCACAAUUUAUUCGAAACAUACUAAUAUUCCAAGUCUUCCGAGGCAAAACGGUUGAUUUGUGAGAGGAAUAGACGCGAUCGCCGUCAAGCUCAUCCUGUUUGCUGCUGUCUGUGCGCAAAUUAAAAAAAUGCCGCCAGAAAGUCAGCCUUGGUUGUGAAAUGCUAUUGGCUCUUGUGUGUCUCGUGACCGAUUUUAUUUUAUUUUUUUUUUGUAAGUAUUUUCUGUUAAUUCAUAGAAGCCAUAUCUCUGCUAUAAUCUCACACUGUGGUAUCAUACGUUAUUCUCACAUAAAUAACACAAAUUUGCCUGCAAUUAUUUAAAUAAUCUCACAAUGAUUAUAGUCACCAUCACCCAGUGGCUCUUAGUUUUCAUCACUUCAACCAAUGUAUUUUAGCACAUUGUUACAAGUGACAAUGAAAACCUAACAUUAAAGUACAAGAGUCAAGAUCCCAACUAAAGCAAACGCUGAUCACAAUAAUGGUGGUUUGUUGAAAAUUUUUACAACAUUUUUUCAACAUUAAUUGUGGGUGCAAAAGUGAUGUUCAUUCAAUGCAAUUAAUGUUGACAAAUCAACAAUGUUUACCAUUGAUUAAAUGGUUGCUUGCUAUCAGGAUUACUUCCAUAACAUUUCUUUCAGACUAGGGGAAAGACAACAUCCAAAAUACAAAUUUAAGUUUUUAUUUAAUAACACUUCAACUAUAUCCAUCUACGUAUAGUUUUCAAUUUGUUAGAAAUUUGUUUGUAUCUAACACCCAGUCAGCUAAGUUUUUCUCUGGUACUCCAAACUCUAUUAACAAUCUUCUAUCAGCCAAGAAGUUGACAGAGUAGAGCAGAGUUUAUUGAAUAAUCAUAGUUGCAUUUGUUUAUUCAAAUGAAACUAUGCUCAGACUGAAACACAUGGCCAGCCCAAAUCCAACAAAUGUUAUUAUACCACAAAAUAAUAGAAAUGGAAAUAUUGCUUCAUAACAAUUGUCCACUGAUGUUAAAAACCUUGAAAUGGAGACAUUCUCUGAUCUAUUACUUAUGAAGACAAACAUCCCUUAAAACCACACAUCAUAAGACUAAAUAACAAUGGAAAAAUAAUAUAAAAUAUAAUAUAACUGACUAAUCAAUUAAUAAAAUUAAAUGACUGGUUUAAAUGAUUAUUAUAAAUAAUCUUAUGAUUAAAUGGAAUAAUAAAAUGAUUAAAUGAUAAAUGAUUAUAAAUGAAUGAUUAUAAAAUAAAGAAUAAAUCAACACA